AUGGCCAACACCUGCACCGUCUGCCAAAAAGGUCCUCCCACCGUUACCCUCAAAUUCUGCGCCAAAUGCGCCACCACCCCCUACUGCUCCCGCGACUGCCAAAAAGCCGACUGGAAAACCCACAAGAAAGUCUGCGGCAAACCCACUCAACACCAAUCCGACAGCGGCAGCGGCAGCGGCAGCGCAGCCAACAACAACAGCCCACCCCGCGGGGUGCCCACAACAGGCCUCGCCCAGCCCUCCGCCGUCCCCAAACCCUUCACGCGCCUCGGCCAAGGCACCUGGCUGCACGGCCGACCCGAACAAGACGUCUACCGCCUCCUAAUCGAUUCCUACCGCCUGCGCGCGGAGGACAACUUCAAUUUUGAGGGGGACAGCCCCGCGGACAGCUUAUACGGCGGCGCGUCCAGCGCGCUGAGGGGUUUCCAGCGGUUUUUGGAACUGGCGGAAUCGCGGGCGGGGUUGCUGCCGUCGUGGUGGUCGGAGGAGAAGAAGAGGGAGUGUGAGGAGUUUGGGAGUGGUGGGAGUGAGGAGGGGCGGUUUCAGGAUUUGAGGAGGAGGGUGGAUAAGGGGCAGAUUCAGGAUGUGUAUGGCGACUCGUAUUUUCCUAUGCAGCUGCGCAUGCUGGCGGAGGUGGUGUAUGGGCGCGGGGUUGGCGGGCAGAGGGGGGAGACUAUGAGGAUGAUGCUGGCGAGUCAGGAGUAG